UCUGAGCUGCAGAAAAGUUGCGUUCCUGGUGGAGGAAAUGUUUUUGAGGAAAACUUUAAUCUGGAAAUGUUUGGAGUGGAGGGUGUUUGGGAGGGCGAUGAAGCAGGGCAGGUCCCUCAGCUCCGGGAGUCGGCUGGACCUGGGGGGUAUUUACCCGCCGAUAGUUACCCCCUUUGACAAGAAGGGUCGGGUAGAAUAUCAGCAACUGGAGAGCAACGUCCGGAAGUUCAACAAGAUUCCUUUCAGAGGGUUGGUUGUUCAGGGCUCCAAUGGAGAGUUUGUCUUCCUGACCAGUGAGGAACGUGUUGAAGUUGUUCGGCGGGUGAGGCAGGUACUGCCUGAGGAGAAGCUGCUGGUCACUGGAUCUGGCUGUGAAUCCACAGAGGCCACCAUUGCAAUGACGCUCAAGAUGGCCGAAGCAGGGGCAAGUGCUGUGAUGGUUAUCACUCCAUUUUACUAUCGUGGCAGAAUGAACAGCGCUGCUUUCAUCCAGCACUAUACACAGGUAGCAGAUGCCUCACCUGUGCCGGUUGUAUUGUACAGCGUCCCAGGCAACACUGCAUUGGAGCUUCCAAUGGACGCGAUCCUCACUCUUUCUCAACAUCCAAACAUUAUUGGGCUAAAGGACAGCGGUAACGAUAUCACAAGAAUCGCACUGAUUGUUCACAAAACCAGGAACUGGAAUUUCCAGGUGCUGGCUGGAUCAGCUGGAUUCCUGCUUUCUGCUUAUUCAAUAGGGGCUGUGGGUGGUGUGUGCGCACUUGCCAAUGUCCUCGGAGAGCCUUUGUGCAAUCUGGAAAAGCUGUGCCUUGGAGGGCAGUGGGGAGAAGCUCGAGAACUUCAAUACAGGCUGAUCGAGCCAAACACAGCGAUUACACAAAAGUAUGGCAUUGCAGCCCUCAAGGAGGUGAUGGGAUGGUUUGGAUAUUAUGGGGGACUUUGUCGUUCACCCCUGCUACCGUUGACUGAGGCAGAGAGAGAGGACUUGAGGAACAGCUUUACAUCCAAUGGCUGGCUCUGAACUUGUCCGCAGCAAACGCCACAGAUCACGUGCUGGAGAUGGAGUUGCAUUUUGAAGUCAUAUGAAGUUAAAAUAAUUCGUUAAUCAAUUGCAUCUCACCUUCCCUCCCCUGCACCCUAAACUUCACCUGCGAACUGGGGUACAGCUACUUUGAAAUUUGUUUUUGUUCCACUGAGUUUGCAGGACAAGAACUGGCCGUGUGAUCAAUGACAAUGUUUAUGUUUGCCAUCAACUUCCUGCCACCUUUUUCCGUUAACUCACCCAAUCAGCAUCCCUUACAUGUACUUACCUAGAAUCUCCUUCAAUGACCCUCUGCUGUUUGCCUUGAGUACUCCACAUGGCAGUGAACUUCACACUUUCAUCAGGCUGUGGCUGAAAAAGAUUCUACGGACUUGGACUAUUAGUGAUCAUCUUAUUUUCAUGAUUCCCAUUUCUUGUUGCCCCCACAAGAGGAAACACCUGCUGUACUCUGAGUGUGGUGAAUGUCUGGAAUUCUCUAUCCUAGAGAUUUGUGGAGGAUAGAUCAUUAAAAUUGGUUGUUGACUUGCUCA